AUGACGACUGAGGGAAACGAACGAUCUAUAAACAGUGGUGGUGUGAGCGGACUGGCUGAAACAAGCAAUCCGUUGUACAUGCAUCCUUCAGAUAGCCCUGGCGCAUCACUCGUCCCAGUUCCUUUUGAUGGGGGAGGAUAUCGAUCCUGGAGGAGAAGUGUUCUGCGAGCCUUAUUGGCAAAGAACAAAUUAGGUUUUGUGAAUGGAGAAUGUAAGAAACCAGAGCCCAAUUUGUCUCAAUUCUGGCUGUGGGAGCGAUGCGAUAAUAUGGUGACUUCGUGGAUUUUGAACUCACUGUCCAAGGAGAUUUCUGAUAGUAUGGAAUAUGUAAAUGACUCAAUAGAGCUGUGGAGAGAACUCGAAGAUAGGUACGGCCAGACCAAUGGCGCGAAACUAUACAAGAUUCAGAAGAAAAUUAACGAUUUAACUCAAGGCAACUUGGAUAUCACUGCAUAUUACACAAAGAUAAAAAAAUUGUGGGAAAAAUUGAACACUCUAAGCAAUAAGAGCCACUGCAUCUGCGCAUGUGUGUGUGGGCCAAAGGAAAAUGGACAUAAGGCAGAACAAGAUCGUAGAUUGAUCCAAUUUCUUAUGUGCCUGAACGAGGUGUACACCGUAGUGCGAGAGAGUAUCCUUAUGAUGACUCCAUUGCCUUCCAUGGCACAGGCUUUUUCAAUUCUAAUACAAGAGGAAAAGCACAGAGAAUUCAAGCCAAGUAAUGUCCUGAACAUGGAAUUUACCUCACUCAAUGCUAGUUCAUUCGGAACAAGGAAUUUCAGAACCACUUGCCCUUCAAAUCGUGGACCAAUUCGAUCCUUCAAUGGUAAUUUGGGCAUCUCUCUAAGGACAUACAAUCCAAAUCACAAAUUUAAUAAGGGGAAAAGAGCUGUGGCAAAUGUUCAUGGGAUGCCAACCAAUACGAUUUUCGAUAAAGGAGAGAAUGCAGAAGAAAAGGAAGAUAGUAAAGUCAUCAGUAUGUCCAAGGAGCAAUACCAAAAUGUUAUGACUAUGCUGCACAACUUUCAGGUGAAUGCAGGAGAAAAUGCAAAUAACUCUAGUGUGGGGAAUGGUUCUGUGAGCUUUGCAGCCCCUUUAAUGAAGAGGCCUCAGGAGAUUGGUGAGUACAGGGAUGGUUUAUACUUCUUGUGUUCAAGGUGCUUGAAGGGUCGCAGUGCUACUUCCACUACCAACAGUUACAUGUCAUGUGUUUGUACUUCUAAUUCAGUGACGAAUUCACAAGCAUCUGUUUUACAUUCUUCUCAUUCAUUUCAUUCACAACCAGAUGUACAUAACUCCAUUUCAAACAAUAAGAAUGAGCAUCCUAUUUCUGUUUUGAUUCCUCAUUCAUCUCAUAGCAAUAAUAUAGAUUUGUUGUGGCACAAUAGGCUUGGUCAUGUACCCUUUGCAAAAGUGAGAACCUUAACUUCUAUACCUAUCUACGGAGGCCCUACCAUGUAUCCACCCAUGGACAAUUACAAAUACUUUAUCACCAUGGUGGAUGACUAUAGUAGAUCCACAUGGACACAUCUUUUGAGUUGUAAAAAUAAUGCUCUACAAGUGAUCAAAGCCUUCCUUUCUAUGAUUGAAAAUCAGUUUGAAACCACCUUAAAGAUCAUCAGGUCUGACAAUGGCCUAGAGUUCAUAAAUAAUGAAGCUGCAUCCUAUUUCCAAUCAAAAGGUUAUCCAUUUGGAUCAAAGGGUUACAAAGUGAUAAGCUUAGCUACUAGAAAGAUACAUGUUUCUAAAGAUGUGGUGUUUCAUGAAAAUGUUUUUCCAUUUGCAUCUACUCCUAAAGAAGCUAGUUUUGAUUUUGCUUCUCAAUUCUUCUUACAUUCAAUUCCCUCUGGCCAUUCUAAUUUUUCCCCAAAACCUACUGAUUAUGAUGAUGUAUUUGUGCCUGCAUCUUGUUCAAAUGAUCAAGAAAAUGUAACUGUUACAAAACCUACUUCUAACAGCCCUGCAAAUCAUAUCUCAAACACUAUUAAAGAAGCCAUUCCUUUAAGAAAGUCUAGGACCCACAAGACUCCUACUUAUCUCAAAGACUACCAUUGUCCUAGCAUCACACCUACCAGCGAACAAAUAACUUCCUUGUCCUUGAAUGCUUUAUUUUUGAAGAAUCGGCAUAUUACCCAAGUGAGGCUCUCUUGGAACUUACAUGAGCCAGUUCAUAUGCAAGAUCCAAGAGAGCCUCACUUGCAAGCAGUUUUUCAUUUGUUGAGGUAUAUUAAGAAGGAUCCUACACUUGAGAUUUUUCUGUCCAACAGUCCGAAUUUUUGUGACUCUGACUGGGCGUCUUGUCCAGAUUCUAGAAGAUCUGUCUCAGCUGAGGCAGAGUACAGGUCCUUAAGAAAGGUUGUUGGUGAACUAGUAUGGUUAAGCAGACUCCUCGAAGAAUUGAUUGUCUCAGCUCCUAAGCCAUAUGCAGUCUUUUGUGACAACCAAUCAGCUCUCCACUUUACCAAAAAUCCAGUAUUUCAUGAAAGAACCAAGCACAUAGAAGUGGAUUGCCACUUCAUAAGAAACAAGCUUCAAGAAGGCCUUGUGUCUCUGCAUCAUGUGGCCACCGCUGACCAGCUGGCAGAUGUUCUUACAAAAGCACUAAUGGGAGUGAAACAUUCAGCAGUUCUUGGCAAGUUGGAUCAUGGGAUUGAAAAUAAUACAGAAGCAUACUACAAGAAAAUGCUCACAGCUUACCCGGGAAAUGCACUUUUACUUGCAAACUAUGCCAGGUUUUUGAAAGAGGUAAUCGUUCAUGAGAAAUGA